AUGGAUCUAAGGGUCAUUGCUAAAUCAUUUUUGGAUAAAAAAGGUAUUGUUGUUCAAAAGUUUACAAACAACUUGCCAGGUGCAGAUUGGGCUCGCAGUAUUUUAAAGAGGCACAAUAAUUUGAUUAGUCAACGUGUUGCUACUAAUAUAUCAAAAUGUCGUGCAGAAGUAUCGCCGGGUAUCAUUUCAGAAUAUUUUGAUAACUUAAGUAAAGUUCUUCAAAACAUCCCUGCUGAAAAUAUUUAUAACUAUGAUGAGAGUAAUUUACAAGACAAUCCAGGAAAACAAAAAAUGAUAUUUCAGCGAGGUACAAAAUAUCCCGAGCGGGUUCAAAACCAUUCAAAAUCUUCAACAUCGAUAAUGGUUUGUGGUUCCGCUGCUGGUGUUCUUUUACCACCUUAUAUUAUGUUUAAAUCAAGUGAAAUAUGGCAACCUUGGACGGAAGGGGGACCUAAAGGGAAACCAUGCUGUUCAGAGCCGUGCUGUUUAAAAGGAUCACGUUAUAAUCGUACUACUCAUGGCUGGAUUGAUGCUGUCACAUUCAAAGAUUGGUUUACAACAAGCUUUUUGCCACAUGCAAAGCGUCAACCAGGUAGGAAAGUGUUAAUUGGAGACAACCUUUCAUCUCACAUUCAGCCAGACAUAAUUUUUGAGUGUGAGAAAAAUGAUAUCGAUUUUGUAUGCUUGCCAAAAAACUCAACUCACCUUACACAACCAUUAGAUGUUGGGUUUUUUAGGCCUUUAAAACAAGCAUGGCGCAAUAGUUUAAAUGAGUGGAAAAAUCAAAACACUAGGUUAAAAGCAAUACCUAAGUCGUCAUUUCCAUCUUUGGUUCGUAAAGCACUUGAUUGUAUGGAUAGUUGUAAUGGUGGUGGUUCAAUAAAAGUCGAUUUACAAGCAUCUUUUAAAGCUACUGGCAUUUGUCCAUUAAACAAAUACAAAGUUUUAGAUAAAUUACCUAAUGAGAAUAACUCAGCAAUAAUUAAUGACACCAUAACUGAUUAUCUCAAGGUACCUCCAAGGAGAAGUAUAACGUCAGCUGUGCUUGGUCUUAACAAUUUUUCUUCUGAUGAAGACACAGAAAUUAAUUAUCCACCAUUGACAGAUGACAAUUUAGAUUCAGAUCAUGAAGGUCCUAUUGAUGAAACUGUACCUGAAUAUCAAACACCAACUGAAACCAAUCUUCAAAUUGGUUCAUUUGUUUUAGUUAAGGUAAAAUUUGGAAAACGAGGUAUGUCGACCUAUAUUUAUCUUGCUGUAAUAAAGAGUAUAGUUGGCAGUAUUAUUACAGUAACUGGAUUGAAGUCUAUGGGUACAUCAAAACAAACUUUUAAAAUUGUUAAGAGUGAUGUAUUUGAUGUAAGUAUAAAAAACAUUGAAGCUAUUUUGAAGUGUCCAAUGAUUGAAGGCGUUGGAGAUAAUAUUAGGUAUACAUUUUCCCACUCAGUAGAUGUCAGAGAAGCCUAA